AUGUCUGGUAGCAGCGGGAAGAGAAAUCGAUAUCGAAAGGUUUGCUUGGCAUGCCGAAGAAGAAAGUCAAAAUGUAACUGUCGUCGUCCAGUUUGUGAUACAUGCGUCAUUCGCCAGACAGAGCAUAUAUGCAUAUACGAUGAUCUGUUUCCUUUUCAAAGAAGCCUUCGGCAAUAUCAACCGCAAGCAGUGAAUCCCAAUUUUCCUCAAUUCGAUAUGGUUCAUCUCCCACAAAUGAUAGCUGCAGGUCAGUCAAUGUCUUUUCCACGUGAAUACACGGAGAAUCUUUUGCAAUUUGACAAUCUCAUUCAGAAUAGUUCAAGAGCUAGUCCACAACAACAUGAAUCUCAAAGCCAACGCCAACCUUCACCAACAAAUGGGGCCGAGUUGCCACAAAAAGAUUCGAGCAAUCAAGAGCCAGAACCCAUUGCUAGGUCAAAGAGUCAAUCACCCUCUCGUGAAUCAAGCAAAACAGAGACAAAAGCAAAAGAGCGGCGGAACAGAUCAAAGCCCUGA